UGAGUCACUGCUGCGGAUCACCGGAGCAGCCGAGGGGGGGAAGCGCCAGGACUAUGCCCCGUUGUCGCUGUGUGACACCCGACGCCCAGCAGGUAACCCCAGCGGAGGAGCGCCGCUGGUAACGGGACUAACUCCUCCCAAGAGCCUCCCCGCGGGUACCGUUCUGUUCACCGGAGAGCCGCGGGGAGCUGCAGGGAUGUUCGCCGCCGUGGAGCAUGGCCCGGUGCUCUGCAGCGACUCCAACAUCCUGUGCCUGUCCUGGAAGGGCCGCGUGCCCAAGAGCGAGAAGGAGAAGCCGGUGUGCAGGAAGCGCUACUACGAGGAGGGCUGGCUCGCCACCGGGAACGGCCGAGGGGUCGUCGGGGUCACGUUCACGUCCAGCCACUGCAGAAGGGACCGGCCCACCCCGCAGAGAGUCAACUUCAACCUCAGAGGACACAACAGCGAGGUGGUGCUGGUGCGGUGGAACGAGCCCUUCCAGAAACUGGCCACCUGUGACACCGAUGGAGGGAUUUUUGUUUGGAUCCAGUAUGAGGGUCGCUGGUCUGUGGAGCUGGUCAAUGACCGUGGAGCUCAGGUGAGCGACUUCACCUGGUCCCAUGAUGGCACCCAGGCUCUUAUCUCCUAUCGUGAUGGCUUCGUCUUGGUGGGCUCCGUCAGCGGCCAGAGGCACUGGUCCUCCGAGAUCAACCUGGAAAGCCAGAUAACCUGUGGCAUCUGGACUCCCGAUGACCAACAGGUGUUGUUUGGUACUGCAGACGGUCAGGUCAUAGUGAUGGACUGCCAUGGGCGCAUGUUGGCCCACAUACUGCUGCAUGAGUCGGAUGGUAUUGUCAGCAUGUCCUGGAACUACCCCAGCUUCCUGGUGGAGGACAGCAGUGAGAGUGACACGGACUCUGACGAGUACUCCCCACCACAAGUGCACAGCCAGAAACCACUGCUGACAGUCAGCUUCACCUCCGGAGACAUCAGCCUGAUGAACAACUACGAUGACCUCUCCCCCACCCUCAUCCACACUGGUCUGAAAGAUGUGGUGGUCCAGUGGUGCUCGCAGGGGGAUCUGCUUGCGGUUGCAGGGAUGGAGAGGAUAGUCCUUUCCCCUGACACCUCCUGUCCUCCACCCACCAGGAACGCAGUUGUCAAGUUCUACAACGUGCGGGGUGAACACAUCUACUCACUGGACACGCCGGCACAGCGCCCCAUCACUACGCUCUGCUGGGGUCACCGGGACUCUCGCCUGUUCCUGGCGUCGGGCCCGGCGCUCUACGUUGUUCGAGUGGAGCACCGUGUCGCCACCCUGCAGCUGCUCUGCCAGCAGGGCAUCGCCACCGCAGUAAAGGAGGAGAAAGAUGUCGCCAAGCUCACCAUGCCUUCACGCCUCUGUUCUUACGUCACUGCCGCUUUUGUCCCCACCAUCAAGCCUCCCAUCCCCGACCCAAACAACAUGCGUGAUUUUGUGAGCUACCCGACAGCCGGAAACGAACGUCUGCACUGCACCAUGAAGCGUACGGAGGACAACCCUGAGGUGGGGGGACCCUGCUAUACUCUGUACCUGGAGUACCUCGGAGGUCUGGUGCCGAUCCUCAAGGGCCGACGGAUAAGCAAACUGCGGCCAGAGUUUGUCAUUAUGGACCCCAAGACAGACGGGAAAACAGAUGAGAUCUACGGUAACAGUCUGAUAUCGGCUAUGAUCGACAGCUGUAACUGCUCAGACUCCAGUGACAUUGAACUGAGCGAUGACUGGGUUGGCAAGAAGUCUCCAAAGAUAUCCAGGGGUAGCAAAUCCCCCAAACUGCCCAGGAUUAACAUUGAUCCGAGAAAAUCACCCAAACUGUCCCGCGCCACGCAGGAGAUCUCCAGGUCACCACGGUUACCGAUAAGGAAACCCUCGAUUGGGUCACCCAGUCUAACACGGAGGGAAUUUCCUCUAGAUGACAUCACUCAGCAAAAUUACCUUGCUCAGGUCACAUCCAAUAUUUGGGGAACAAAGUUUAAGAUCGUGGGGCUGGCCACGUUCUUGCCAACCAAUCUUGGUGCAGUCAUCUACAAGACAAGCCUCCUCCAUCUGCAGCCCAGACAGAUGACCAUCUACCUGCCAGAGGUCCGCAAGAUCUCCAUGGACUACAUUAACCUCCCUGUGUUUAGCCCCAAUGUUUUCAGUGAGGAUGAAGAUGACCUGCCUGUCACAGGCCCUGCUGGUGGUGCCGAUGACAACCCGCCCUGCACUGUCAACAUCCCUAUUGCCCCCAUACAUAGUCCCGCCCAGGCCAUGUCCCCGGCGCAAAGCAUUGGUCUGGUCCAGUCACUUCUAGCCAAUCAGAAUGUUCAGCUAGAUGUCCUAACCAAUCCCUCAGCAACCCCUGCUGGAGCAGCUGCUGGUGGGUCAGACCAAAGCCAGGACACGAUCCUCACAGCCCAGUACACAGUCCCCACCAGGUACUCCAGUCCUGGUCAGGUCAUUUUUGGGGGACUGGAAGUAGGUCGCCUGAUGGUCGGACCUCCACCUUCUCAUCAUCCUUCACAACAACAACAGCAACAACCGAGUCAACAUCAACAACAUCAACAACAACAUCAACAACAACAACAGCAGCAACAACAACAACAACAACUGCUACAACAUCACCAACAAAUUCAGCACCACCAACAGCAGCUUCAGCAACAGCAGCAGCUUCAGCAGCAACAGCAGCUCCAACAGCAGCACAUGCUCCAGCACCAACACCUACAGCAGCAGCAGCAGCUUCAGCAGCAGCACAUUCAGCAGCAGCUCCAACACAUACAGCAGCAGCAGCAUCAACAGCAACUCCAGCAGCACAUACACAUACAGCAACAGCAACAACUACAGCAACAGCAUCAACAAAUUCAGCAGCAUCUGCAGCAACAGCAACAAAUGCAUCAUCAACUGCAGUCUCAGCAGCAGCAGCAGCAACAUCAGAUGCAGCAACAGCAGCACCACCAUCAGCUUCAGCAGCAGCUUCAAAUUCAGAUCCCUGUUUCCUCCAUGUCAUCAGGACAGCCUUCAGGCGCCACUCUGCACCAGCUACAGCCGGGGGCGCUGCAGAUCCAGAUUCCUCACCCACCCGCUGAUUUAGUGGUUGAAAGAGCAGUGGGGGUUGAACAUGAGCACCUACUGAAGAUCAAAACCACUCGGUCAACUCCGCAGCUGGCUGAGGGUGACACAGUGGUGUUCAGUGCCCCUCUGGAGCUCAGCAAGAUGAACCCCCCGCCUCCCUACCCCGGAACAGUGGCUGCUGCUGUGGCUGCCGCUGCAGCUGCUGCUGCCUCAGCAUCGGCGUCCACUGCAGCUUCCAGUGCUGCAUCUGCAGCCGGAGGGGCCGCCGCUGGAACUCCUCCCCCUGGUGACCUUUGUCUGAAGAAGGGAGAGUUCCAGCUUUAUCCUUCAGGUCAACAACAAGCGCAGUACCCCACACCACUGGGCUACGAGAGGAUAACGACAUUUGACAGCAGUGGGAAUGUGGAAGAAGUAUGUCGUCCUCGAACACGCCUUGUCUGCAAUCAGAAUGUGUACACACUCCAGGGACCUGGCAGCUCCGCCACUCUCAGGGUCACCUCCUCUUCAUCGUCUGCUGCAGCUGACAAGAAGAUCCAGCUGCCCUACACCUCCGCUACUCUCAACAGACUCACUGCACCUCGCUAUUCCAUACCUAGUGGAGACCCUCCUCCAUACCCCGACCCAGCCAAUCAGAACAGUACUGUUGGAAGAAACCCUGGACAGAGGCUUGACAGCAGUCUGAUCCACGCCACUCUCAGGAGGAACAGUCGAGAGGCCGCACUCAAAGUUUCUCAGAUGCUGGAACCGCCUCGACCACUGCCUCCCAAGGCUAAAAACAGUAGUGCACUAGCAGCCUCGUUCCAGCAGAGGGUGCCAACGGCCUUAUACACCUGCAGUCAGUGUAGCAGUGGGUCUAAUGUUGGAGGCACUGCCCCAGGGAGUGCAAAUGGAAUCGCAGGAGGAACUAUUAUCAGACAGGAUUUCCCUCCAGGGAAUGGUGCACCACACAGCACAGUUAUUGUUCACUCCAACAGUGCUACUCCUCUGGCCUCCCAGUCCUCCUACAGCCUGAUGAGUUCACUUGAAGGAUCUGGGACCACAGCAGGAGGUGGAGGUAACAGAGACAGGGCUGAUUACGUUAAUUCAGCAUUCACUGAGGAUGAAACUCUGAACCAGUCAUUGAGGCAUCUGGCACUCGGUGGAAAUGAUGCUUCAGGGCUGGUUGUCAAACGCCCGCCUCCUUAUCAGUGGGAUCCAGCUGCCACAGAGGAGGUGUGGGUUCCUCAGGAACGGACAGCAACUUUAAACUCCACUGGCCCUCCUGGACCACACAAACCGCCUCCGCUUAUUCUUAGUCCAGCCCAGCACUUGGAUGUAACCAGGCUGCCUUUUGUCCUUUCUCCAAAGUCCCCCACCAGCCCCAGUGCUGCAUCAUUCCAAGCUGCUGCAGCAGCUACAGGCUACCAAAUCUCUCUUCAGUACCCCCCUGCAACGGUCUACUCUGGAGCCCAGCUCCAACCCAUCCCAGGGUCACCGCGCCCCUGUUCGUCCCCAAAGGAGGUAGUGGCACCAGUGCCCUUCUCACAGCAGGAUGCAACUCUUGUGUUGCCACCAGGCUACUCUGCCAACCUUGCCAACCUUGCCUGCUGCCCCCUCCCACCCAUGUAUCCAGGAGGAAGUGCUUGUGCCGGGCUUCCUAUUCCUCCCAUUGCCCUCCACACACCUUGGGGUACCUAUAACUCCUGCCCGCCUAUGCCCAGUCCUGCAGUGCCAUUACCACCCAAAGCCUCCCACCUGGCAGCGGACAAAAACGUUCUGUCGCCACCUCCUCCUCCUCCUCCACCCCCUCCUCCACCACCAGCAGAACUGCAGAGCCACGGAGGACUACAAGAGGCCAUGGCAGAGGCUGGAGAAGGUUUUCAGGAGGUGCUCUCCUUGACUGAGAGCCCUGUGCCACAGCGGUCUGAGAAGUUCAGCAAGAAGAACCGCAAGCGGGUGGACGGUCGAGCUGAGGAGGCCAACGUGCCGCCGCUGGCUGAGGGGAGCAAGUCAAAGAAGGAGGGCAGAGCUCUGGGUGAUUUCAACUCACUCAUCUCAAGUCCACGGCUGGGAGGGAGGGACAAGAAGAAGCUAAAGGGGCAGAAAGAGCAGCAGUUGAAGACUAAAAAGAUGAGUAAGGCCACUGCCAACAGUGAGUUCCAGGAUAGUUCAGAAAGUGAGCCGGAGCUGUUCAUCAGCGGGGAUGAACUCCUCAAUCAGUGCCAGAGCGGUAAGAAGGGCUGGAAGAGUAAGAGGAACCUGAGAGCUGCCUGCGAGCUGGAUGAGAUCAAGUGUCGGAAAGCUAACGAGAAGGAGGACCGAGGGCUGGGCAGCCAGGGCUUUGUGUACGUCAUGGCCAACAAGCAGCCGCUGUGGAACGAAGCCACGCAGGUCUACCAGCUGGACUUUGGUGGACGAGUCACACAGGAGUCUGCCAAGAACUUUCAGAUUGAACUGGAGGGCAGACAGGUGAUGCAGUUUGGCAGGAUUGAUGGCAACGCCUACAUCCUCGACUUCCAGUAUCCCUUCUCUGCUGUCCAGGCCUUUGCAGUGGCUUUGGCCAACGUCACUCAACGCCUCAAAUGAGAUGUUUCCCUCACUACUUACCCCGAGUUCUAUCUGGGAUUAAAAUGCAAUCUGUUGAAGGGGCACAGCUGUUUCUUUUGUGAUUAAUAAACUCUUGCAGAGGAUUUUGGAGAGAAGACUAAAAUCAGCCCUGGCUAUAAAGAGUAAUACAAUCACGCUGCACUACACAAUGCUGCCACUAGAGUUGGUGCAAUAAGCAUUGACUGCAUUUGUAAAGGAUGCUGUCAGAUCUGCUCCGUUUGGCAGUCGGCGGCGGCACCCUGCAGUGCGUAUAGGGCCAAAGAGCUGAGCUUUGGUAAUCAUGCAAAUAAAUGCUGCUUUAGCUAGAAGAAGCUUAUAGACGUGAUAACCAACAGGUUACCUAAGAGAGGGAUUGUCAAGGUGCAGUUUUCAAAAGAAGCAGCAGUAAUACUUGAAAACCACACUCUGGAGAUCAAAGUUAUUUCUCCCAGAGCGCACAGGUACUACUGGGCACUGAAAUCCAUUGCUGUACAAACCUUUAGUGAAACAGUUACCACUUUAUUAUACUGCUUUUGCUUUUAGGAUUUUAUUAAAUGACUCGUCAUGGUGGAGGGUAGGAGGGUCUUUUUGUUUUUGCUCUCUGCCAUUCCUUUUAUUACCAUCUCAGUCUAUCUCGGCUGGAAUUGAAGCUUAGAUAUAUGCAUCAUUUAGGAGCACUACUAAGAGUUCAGACUGUUCACUGUUGUGAAAGUUGUGCCACUGUUGGGACGGUAGAAGACUGAACAUAGCUGAGGUGAACUGCAGUCUUUUUUUCCACAUGGGACUUUGAAGGAAGAAGAAAUGUUCCUCUGCUACAUGGAUUAAUUUAUAUGUACAUGUUGUUGUUUCUCUGGUCAGAUAUGAAUUUUAACAUUAUUGUCAUUGUUUGUGAUAUACAAUCCUCACACCCUGUCAUCACGUUUUCUCACCUGCUUUAUUUGGGAGACUGAAUUUGAACAUUGCUGUGUAGUUUGGAGACUUCAGGUGGGGGCGGCGUACAGACUAGCUUUGGCUAACGUAUCCUGUACUUAGUUUAUUCUCUACAUAUGGUGACAUGGCGCCAAAGAAGUCGCCAAGGCCUCGACUGAAAACCUCUGGCAUGAAGUGAUGAGUCUCCUGCUGUCACUUCUGUGAAGUGAGCGUGUCGUUGGCGGGGCUGUCCCUGCUCUCAGAGACCACACUGAACAUGUAAGCAAGGUACAGGAAAUAUUUUUGUAUAUUUCACCUAUGCCAUUUCAUACUCUUUUCAGAAGUCGUGUAAAUACGUAUCAGUCGUCUGUAAAUGUUGUGAAGAGACUUGGGUGACCUGGACAGAGUUCUGUUGACGCCUGUCUCCGCUGUGUUUUAAGUGUAAUUUCAGGUGUGGAGCGACGCUGUAGUACUGUUCGGUUGACAAAUAACAAAUGAGAACGGUGGAGCUGAAAUCGUUGUCACUGAAUCUUUGAAGUCAGAACUCCAGUGAAGAAUGAAGCUGUUGAAACCUGUCUGUUCAGGAAGCUGACUCUGAAAUCUGAAAAGCUGGUUUCUUUUUGUUUGUUUGUUUGUUUGUUUGUUUGAGGCGGUGAAGCUCGUGGACACAGAGCUGGCAGGAUGGUGGAGGUAGUAAAUUAUUAGGCCCAUUGCAAAUGCCUGCAGUAGUUUCUGUAUCAGAUGGAAGCCAAACUCAGUACAAAGAGCAGUCACGUUUAGGCGUAAUGAAACCGAACUGGUGCGAUUAGAAUCACCUCAAACGUUGGUGCCAAAACCUGCUAAAACUUAAAGCUGAAAUAAACGGGCCUGGAGAGAAAUGCAGCGCUGUCGAGCUCUCCCUUUGGACCGGCUCUGGUUUGGUCUCUGGACUGAUGAGAUUCUUGCGUUUUUUGAUGUGAUCUUUCCAUAUUACACGAUGCAUGUGUUGUUACUGAGGGGCUGUAGGACGGGGAGGUCUCUUCACUCCUGGAAAUGAAAAGAACAUGAGCAUGUCAUAAAGAAAUACUCAUCUU